GAGAAGGGGGGUCAAUAUAUAUAUAUAUAUAUAUACACCUCCUGAGGAGGAAGAAAGAAAAAAGGGAGGGAUUGAAGAGAGAGAGAGAAGGGGGGAAAAGGGGGGGCAUUUUUGUUUUAAAAAUAAUUUAAAGGCGGCCAUUUUUGUUUCUUUUUUUUCUUCUUCUGGUGGGAAUAAUAUUAUAUCCCUCAGAAUUUAAAUAUAUCUUUACACCCUCAUUAUUAUUGAGAGAAGAACCAUUUCCAGAAGUUGGAAAGGAGUUGUUUUUAAAGAAGAUUAUUAUUUUAAUUUUUUUUUUAAAAAAAAGGAGUUUGAGAAGAAGGCAAGAGGCGAAUUGGGGGUCGUGCCCCCCGCCUCGACUUCCACGUUUUGGUCUUUUCCCCCCGUUCUUGUUUUUCCUUUUCCCUCAGCGCCACCAUGGCUUCUCCUCUGAGGGAAGACGACGACGAGGAGGAGGAGAUGGUGGUGUCUGAGGCGGAGGGCGACGAGGACGGCGACGAGGAGGAGGAAGAGGAGGAGGAAGAAGAAGCAGAAGCAGGAGAAGCCGCCAAGAGGGACAACAGCCACAGCAGCCCGGGCGGCGCCGACAUCUUCCCGCUUGCAGCACCAGCAGAGCCGCCGCCAGACGAAGAGGAAAAGGAGUUGCGCAAUCCAGAGAGCCCCCUUGUCAUCAAGAAGAAGAAGCGAGGGCCCAAAAAGCAGAAAGAAAACAAGCCAGGGAAACCCAGGAAGCGCAAAAAAUUACUCAGUGAAGAUGAGUUUGAAUCAGACCGAGAAGAGUAUCGGGCCAAGUCGGAGAGUGGCGGCAGCGAUUAUGGAGGAGUGGGGAAGAAGAAGCGAAGGAAGCACCGGGAGAAGAAGGAGAAAAAGACCAAGCGGCGGAAAAAGUCGGAAGAAGAUGGAGUGCAAAAGCCAAAGGUGGAACAGAAAUCCUCUGCUCAGCUGCUCAUGACCUGGGGACUGGAGGAUGUCGAUCAUGUCUUCACUGAAGAGGACUAUCACACCCUGACAAAUUACAAAGCUUUCAGCCAGUUUAUGAGGCCUCUUAUUGCCAAAAAGAACCCCAAGAUUCCAAUGUCCAAAAUGAUGACCAUCAUGGGAGCCAAAUGGCGGGAAUUCAGUGCCAACAACCCCUUCAAAGGGUCAACAGCAGCUGUGGCUGCCGCUGCAGCCGCUGCUGCCGCUGCAGUAGCUGAACAAGUGUCGGCUGCAGUGGCAGCUGUCACCGCUUCACCUGAGCCACUGCAACCUUCAACUCUGCUGCAAACACCUUCACAGCCUCUUCCAAUCCGCAAAGCCAAAACCAAAGAAGGUAAAGGUCCAGGCCACAAGAAGCGGAGCAAGAGCCCUCGUGUGCCAGAGGUGAAAAGGAAGAUGAAGGGCAAGAAGAUGGCGCCACUAAAGAUCAAGCUGGGCAUGAUUGGCGGCAAGCGCAAGAAGAGCAGCUCAGGUGAUGAGGUGGGAGAGCCAGAAGAAGAAUCGGACCCCGACAACUCCAGUGUUCACAGCUCCUCGGUGCGUUCAGACAGUUCAGGCAGGGUCAAGAAAGCCAAGCGGGGUAGGCCUGGGCGGAAGAAGAAGAAAGUUGCUGGCGAGGAAGAGGCGGACGGCUACGAGACCGACCACCAGGACUACUGCGAGGUGUGUCAGCAGGGCGGGGAGAUCAUCCUCUGCGACUCCUGUCCCAGAGCUUACCACCUGGUGUGCCUGGACCCGGAGCUAGACAAGGCCCCUGAGGGGAAGUGGAGCUGCCCCCACUGUGAGAAAGAAGGGGUGCAGUGGGAGCCCAAGGAGGAAGAGGAUGAAUAUGAAGGGGAGAUGGAUGAUGCUGAGAAGGAGGAGGAGGAUGACCACAUGGAGUACUGCCGGGUCUGUAAGGACGGCGGCGAGCUCUUGUGCUGUGACGCUUGCAUCUCCUCCUACCACAUCCACUGUCUCAACCCACCGCUUCCUGAGAUCCCUAAUGGGGAAUGGCUGUGUCCCCGCUGCACGUGUCCCAUGCUAAAGGGCCGGGUACAGAAAAUUCUCCACUGGCGAUGGGGGGAGCCUCCAACGCCAGUUGCGCUGCCCCCGCCCUCUGAGGACAACCCAGAUGAGCCUCCGCCCAAGGCGAUGAAGGGGCGCUCGGAGCGGGAGUUCUUCGUCAAGUGGUGCGGCCUGUCCUAUUGGCACUGCUCCUGGAUAAAGGAAUUGCAGCUCGAGAUCUUCCACCUGGUGAUGUACAGGAAUUACCAACGAAAGAAUGAUAUGGAUGAGCCCCCGCCACUGGACUACGGCUCUGGUGACGAUGAUGGCAAGAGUGAGAAGAGGAAGAUCAAGGACCCUCUGUAUGCCGAGAUGGAGGAGAAGUACUACCGCUAUGGCAUCAAGCCUGACUGGAUGACCGUCCAUCGCAUCAUAAAUCACAGCAUUGACAAAAAGGGCAACUAUCACUACUUGGUGAAAUGGCGUGACCUUUCCUAUGACCAGUCCACCUGGGAGGAGGAUGAGAUGCCAAUCCCCGAGUAUGAAUACCUCAAACAGGCCUACUGGUUCCAUAGAGAGCUGAUUAUGGGCGAAGACCCUGCCCAACCCAGGAAGUACAAGAAGAAGAAAAAGGAACUACCCUCGGAGGACCCUCCUAACUCUCCCACAAAUGAUCCAACCGUGAAGUAUGACAGCCAGCCCCGCUUCAUCACGUCCACGGGGGGCACGCUACACAUGUAUCAGCUGGAAGGCCUCAACUGGCUGCGGUUCUCUUGGGCCCAGAGCACAGACACCAUCCUGGCUGACGAGAUGGGCCUUGGCAAGACCAUCCAGACCAUUGUCUUUUUGUACUCACUAUACCGGGAGGGCCACACCAAGGGGCCUUUCCUGGUCAGCGCCCCCCUGUCCACCAUCAUCAACUGGGAGCGGGAGUUUCAGAUGUGGGCCCCCAAUUUCUACGUCGUGACCUACACGGGGGACAAGGACAGCCGUUCCAUCAUCCGGGAGCAUGAGUUUUCCUUCGAGGACAAUGCCAUGAAAGGCGGAAAGAAGGCCUUCAAGAUGAAGAGAGAAGCCCAGGUGAAGUUCCACGUCCUCCUGACCUCGUAUGAACUGGUCACCAUUGACCAGGCUGCCUUGGCCUCCAUCCGGUGGGCCUGCCUUGUGGUGGAUGAAGCUCACCGGCUCAAAAACAACCAGUCUAAGUUUUUCAGGGUGUUAAAUGGCUAUAAGAUCGAUCACAAGCUGUUGCUCACUGGGACUCCGUUGCAAAACAACCUGGAGGAGCUCUUUCAUCUGCUGAAUUUCCUGACUCCAGAGAGAUUCAACAACUUGGAAGGGUUCCUGGAAGAGUUUGCUGACAUCUCCAAGGAGGACCAGAUUAAGAAGCUCCACGACCUCUUGGGCCCCCACAUGUUGCGCCGCCUCAAGGCUGACGUCUUCAAGAACAUGCCGGCCAAGACAGAGCUCAUUGUCCGAGUGGAGCUCAGCCCCAUGCAGAAGAAAUACUAUAAAUAUAUAUUGACUCGCAACUUUGAAGCGCUGAACUCCCGUGGUGGUGGCAACCAGGUGUCGCUACUGAACAUCAUGAUGGACUUGAAGAAAUGCUGCAACCACCCCUACCUCUUCCCUGUUGCUGCAAUGGAAUCUCCGAAGCUGCCAAGCGGUGCCUACGAAGGGGGUGCUCUCAUCAAAUCCUCUGGGAAACUGAUGCUGUUACAGAAGAUGUUGAGAAAACUGAAGGAGCAGGGCCACCGUGUGCUCAUCUUCUCUCAGAUGACAAAAAUGCUGGAUCUUCUUGAGGACUUCCUGGACUAUGAAGGAUACAAGUAUGAGCGGAUCGAUGGGGGCAUCACAGGGGCCCUGCGGCAAGAAGCAAUUGAUAGGUUUAAUGCUCCUGGAGCUCAGCAGUUCUGUUUCCUGCUGUCCACAAGGGCUGGUGGUUUGGGCAUCAACCUGGCCACUGCCGACACAGUUAUCAUCUUUGAUUCAGACUGGAACCCUCACAAUGAUAUCCAGGCCUUCAGCCGAGCCCAUCGUAUUGGCCAGGCGAACAAGGUGAUGAUCUACCGCUUUGUGACGCGAGCCUCAGUGGAGGAGCGGAUUACUCAGGUGGCCAAGCGCAAGAUGAUGCUGACGCACUUGGUGGUCCGCCCCGGACUGGGCUCCAAGUCAGGGAGCAUGUCCAAGCAGGAGCUGGAUGAUAUCCUCAAGUUCGGCACCGAGGAACUCUUCAAAGACGAAAACGAGGGGGAAAACAAAGACGAAGACAGCAGUGUCAUCCACUAUGACAAUGAAGCUAUUGCCCGGCUCUUGGACCGUAACCAGGACGCCACAGACGAUGCCGAUGUUCAGAACAUGAACGAAUACCUCAGCUCCUUCAAAGUGGCACAGUAUGUGGUUCGGGAGGAGGACAAGAUUGAGGAGAUUGAGCGGGAGAUCAUCAAGCAGGAGGAGAACGUGGACCCCGACUACUGGGAGAAGCUCUUGCGGCACCAUUAUGAGCAGCAGCAGGAAGACUUGGCUCGCAACCUGGGGAAAGGGAAGAGGGUGCGCAAACAAGUCAACUACAACGAUGCCGCCCAGGAGGACCAAGACAAUCAGUCUGAGUAUUCGGUGGGCUCUGAAGAGGAGGACGAAGACUUUGACGAGAGGCCAGAAGGUCGCAGACAGUCCAGGCGGCAGCUUCGGAACGAGAAGGACAAGCCGCUCCCUCCUCUCCUGGCACGGGUCGGUGGGAACAUUGAGGUGCUGGGCUUCAACACCCGUCAACGCAAGGCCUUCCUGAAUGCUGUCAUGCGCUGGGGCAUGCCUCCCCAGGACGCCUUCACCUCCCAGUGGCUGGUCCGGGAUUUGCGGGGCAAAACUGAGAAAGAAUUUAAGGCAUAUGUCUCUCUGUUCAUGAGGCAUCUCUGUGAGCCUGGGGCAGACGGUUCGGAGACUUUUGCGGAUGGGGUGCCCAGGGAAGGGCUCUCAAGGCAGCAGGUCCUGACCCGGAUAGGCGUCAUGUCUCUCGUGAAGAAAAAGGUGCAAGAGUUUGAACAUAUCAAUGGGCGCUGGAGUAUGCCCGAACUGAUGCCAGACCCCAGUGCUGACUCCAAAAAGUCCUCCCGAGCUUCGUCCCCCACCAUCAAGACCUCCACCACGACCCCAGACCCCAGUUGCACCAAUACGCCUUGCACCUCCAAGCCAGCAACCCCGGCUCCGAGUGAUAAAGGGGACGGAGGGGUCCUGGCAGAAAGGGAAGAUUCAGAGGCCAAAGAUGAGAAGCUGGAGAAGGAAGCCAAGGGAGGCGAGAAGAUGGAGAUAGAGCCUUCAGUCCCUGAACAGACCAUUGGUGCCACAUUCUCAGGUGAAAAAAUGGAGCUGGAAUCAUUAAAAAAGCCUGAGGAGGAGGGAUCGGUGGCCCCUGGGGAGAAGGAGCCAGAAGCUGAGCCUCCCAUCAAGGAAGAGAAAGAAAAAAUGGAUGUUGAUUCAGAGAAACCUGUCGCAGAUGAGAAACCCCCAGAGAAUGACGAGAGUAAAGAGAAGGCUGAGGGGGAAAUGCAGGAGGUGAAGAAAGAAGAGCCGAAAGGCGAGAGGGAGCCAGGAAAAGACCUCAGAGCUAGCAGCAUCAAAGAUGAGAGCCGGAACAAUGGCAAGAAGGAGGAAAAGACAGAGAAACCCCGGUUCAUGUUCAACAUCGCUGAUGGCGGCUUUACGGAACUCCACACCUUGUGGCAGAACGAGGAGCGAGCGGCCAUCUCCUCCAGUAGGCUGAAUGAGAUCUGGCACCGGCGACAUGAUUACUGGCUGCUGGCUGGCAUAGUCCUUCACGGUUACGCACGCUGGCAGGACAUCCAGAAUGACAACCAGUUUGCCAUCAUCAAUGAACCUUUUAAGACUGAAGCCAAUAAGGGCAACUUCUUGGAGAUGAAGAAUAAGUUUCUUGCCAGAAGGUUUAAGCUCCUGGAACAAGCCUUGGUGAUUGAGGAGCAGCUGCGCAGGGCGGCCUACCUGAACAUGACACAGGACCCCAGCCACCCAGCCAUGGCCCUCAACACCCGCUUUGCCGAGGUGGAGUGUCUGGCCGAGAGCCACCAGCACUUGUCCAAGGAAUCUCUGGCCGGCAACAAGCCUGCCAACGCCGUCCUGCACAAGGUGCUGAACCAGUUGGAGGAGCUUCUCAGCGACAUGAAGGCGGACGUGACCCGCCUGCCCGCCACGCUCUCCCGCAUCCCUCCGAUUGCCGCUCGCCUCCAGAUGUCCGAACGCAGCAUCCUUAGCCGCUUGGCAAGCAAAGGGAAUGAGACUCAAACUGCUCCGGCCUUCCCACCCGGACCAUAUGCCACUCCUCCCACCUUUGGAAGUUCUUUUGGUGCCACUCCUGGUGGGGCACUGCCCACCAUGGGCGCCAACUACAGCCAAAUGCCCACCGGCUCCUUCAUCACAGCCAACGGCCCUCCUGUGAUUGUGAAGAAGGAGAAAGAAGGUGAGAGCCUGGAGAAGAAGGAGGCGAAGAGCGGGGAGGUGAUUUGCAUAGACGACUGAGAGGCCGCCUGGCCUGCCUGGUCACUUCUGGACAGGUCCUGCCUUUGGCAGAAAGGACACACUCCCCUCCAGCCUCUCCGCUUUUUUAUUUCCUGACCACCUUGAUGGCUUUGCCUUGGGGGGAGCGUGGGUCAGUGACACCCACCUCGGCUCCCCUUGGCUUAAUUUUGUUGCCCCUCAAUUUUCUCUUCUUGGGUUUGGGGAGGUGGUCUCAUCAACCGGAGCAAAGUUUGGGGGUCAGGAGACACCAUUUCCAUUGUGAGCUGGAAAAGGAGGAACGGGGAUGAAAUUGGAACCACAGGUCUCCUGGGGCUCCAUCUUUUGGGUGUCCUGCCUGUGACAGGAGGGGAAGGGGGCAACCUGGCCUUGUGCCCUUGGCCCCCAGCAGUGCUGGAUCUUUGGGAAGCGCUGCCAAGUGACUCUAUAAAUAUGAAUAUAUAUAUAAUGUAUACACACUCAUCCUUUAUGUUUGAGAAAUACCCCCUUCCCACUUGUGUUUGAACUCUCUGUGGGCGAUCAUGGGGUGGACAUAGGAGGGGGACAUACUCCCUAGCGGUGUGCAAAGAAGAAGAACGCAGCGGUGUGAGGACCCCAUAAAGCCGUCUGGGGGAGUCAAAGGGGAGGGGGUGCCUCAUACCCUUCCGCCAUUCUUGGAAUUGGGCCUUUUUGAGGGGUGGGGAAGAGGCAGUUGCAGGGCCAAGCUGCACUCCUGCGUUUGUUGCUGAAUCUCAAGUCACUUCUUGUUUAAGCCUUGCCGAAUAAAGGCCGUUUCCUUGGCUACAUAA